AUGCAAAGAAGUAUCUCGAACAUCAAGUAUAUUGACGCACACACUUUGAGCAAAUGGAUUCUAUCCUCAUCGAUUAGUAAUUAUCAGGUCAUCGAUGUAAGAGGCUCAGAUUAUAUCGGCGGUCACAUCCACAAUUCUUGGAAUGUCCCAUACAGGAAAAUGAACCAUGAUACGUUACAAGAAUUGAUUGUCAAAGUCGAUAAACAAACUGAACUCGAUUCACACAAGCCAUAUAAUGUCAUAUUCCAUUGCGCUCAUUCCCAACAGAGAGGCCCCUCUGCAGCAUUAAAGUUCCUCAGACUCUUGAGUGACGAACAACUGAGUUAUAUAAACGUGAUGAUUCUUCGUGGAGGGUUUGUCAACUGGGCGUACGAAUACGGUAAGAACAACCAAUUGACUGAUGACUUCGUUGCUGACCUCUGGACCACCUCCUCUACAUAG